AUGGAGGCCGCCGCAAGCAUUAUUGCAUUUGUCCAAAUCUCGACAGAAAUUGGGAAAUGCGUAAUCAAGACGAAGAGGCUGUGGGACCAAGCCCAAGAUCUACCUCAGGAAACGCAGCUUCUUUUGAAACGUCUACAAGGUUAUAAGUCUAUAUUUGAAGCCCUAGAUCAGCAAUAUCCGAACCAGCAAUCCUUCACUAUGUUGCCUACGUUUUCGCUGGUGCAAGAUAACUUAAGAGCUUCAAUGGAGGCGCUGGAGCUGCUUAGACAAAACGCAGAUCAUAUAUCCUCGAAACUCGAAGUCAAGACUGGUCUGAGACGGAAGGUAGCCGCUGUGAAGAUAACCAUUGGAAAGGAAAGCUUAGAUGCUCUCACCACCAGACUGAACGAGUCAAUAUCAUUGCUGAACUUAGCGAUACAGGCUUGGCAUAUGACUAUCACGAUAAUGACACCUGAUCUAAUUGCAACUCAGCUCACCAAAACACUCAAGGACCAUUUAGGAAGCUCUAAACUUGAGGAAACCCCACAGACCGAGGCCCAAAAGCAAGAUGAAUCUCGCUGCAAUGUCACAGAGAUUGAUGAAUCUCAACUGUCACGUAUACCGAAACACGGUUCAAAGCUCAACAAGAUACAUACCCUUUCUAAAUUCGGUCGAUUAGCCAUGGCAUAUGCUACUACCACUGGUGCGUGGCAAGCGUAUCUCCAAUUGCCAAGUUGGUUUUCAUCGUCCGUAUAUGAACUACAAUCGACUCCAACUGGCUACGGUUGGACAUACAACUAUCGAGUGUAUAAUGUCGUCUCAUCCGAAUCUGAGAUUAUCCAAAGAAUAGAAGGAGGAGAUAGGGCCGGUGUUCUUGAGCUAUUCGGAAACCGGAAAGCGUCUCCGUUCGACAAAGAUGAAAUGGGACAAUCUCUUCUUUAUUACGCUGCGGAAAGCAAAAACUUCGACAUCUGUCAGCUGCUACUUAGCUUAGGGCUUCAUGAAGCUUUGCUUGAGAAAGUUGGCCCCGAAAAGAGUGCAUCAUCAGCGCCAGUUUUCAAUCCCGAUCGAAGCAACCCGGAGAAAAUAUGGCUAAAGAUUGCAGGUUUAUUUCAGUCAUAUAUGGAUGAGCCAGAGACAAGCAUGGUUCUGCGUAUGUUCGACUAUCAUAGAUCAUGCGAUUAUAUGGACGAGUAUAUUAGAAUCUUUCAGCAAAGAUUCUUGCCUAAUUUCUAUAAUGGCCCGCUCAUCCAUCGUCUGGAAGCUUUCCGGCUUGGAUCUUUUCAUUGUCAAACGCCAACAACACUCUCCUACCUUCUCGCACGAGAUCAGAAAAUCACCAGUUUCGACGUUGGGGAAUCAAGUCGCACUGGGGUUUCACUCAUGCACUCGGCAGCUGUGGCACUCGGUAUUCGUUUCGCAGAUGAAGUUCUUCCGUGGGUAAGAGGUUGGGCCAUGUGGGACUUAUCACUCUUUAACAUGGGAUGGGAUCAGUUGGUGCUGGAGGUAGCCUCAGUUGCCAGACUGGAAGAUUUACACACGGUCGAGGUAGUGCAGCCCUGGGAUGUAUAUCAGGUUCCAACCUGGAAAGGCACACCGCUGAUCUCAGUUAUUGGCGGAGCUCUCUGCUACCUUUCUCCUGAUAUUGAAUUCUUUCAUUGGGAUAAUGUGUUCCAAGGUUGCAUCCAGAAGUUUGUUUCAAUCUUGCAGGAGAGCGGAGUUGACCUGAUGCUCUACGGAGAACAAGAGUCUAUCAAUAUUAGCAAACACUUUCGCGCAGCUUUCGAUUCAGACGCAAUCGAGGCAUCGAGGAAUGAAGUACGGAACGUGCUGCCGUCAACGAGCGCGCGCCAUACGUUUAGACGAGUAGAGCGAUCCGGUCGAGAGAUAUGGAACAACAACCAUUGGAUACCGAUUCGACUCUUAGGACUCAAGUUUGGUCCGACCCCUAGUGAAUGGGAAAUAGUUUGGGCACCAGAAUUUGAAUGGAUGGCAAAAGAGUUCUGGCAGGUGAUAGAGAAGGAGACCAUCACGAUGCCUGGGUCGUGGAUUGAUGGAUGA